AUGAGCAGGACAUUUUUCCGCUCCAUGCUGGAGCUUCGAGCUCCCAGCGCUCGACUCUCGGCCCCCUCAUCUCUACUGCCGAUUCGAACCCGGGCAUUCAACACCACGGCGCCCAUCAUCGAACAAUCGUUCCCUGAGCGUCACCCAAAGAAUGCCACCAACCCUACAGCAAAUGAGCCUCGACCUCUGGCUUUCAAAGUCAGCCAUCCUACUCCGCCUCCAAAGGCCAUGGACGACUCCGUCAAGACCCUUCUACCAUUUCUGGCCGCUCAACCGGAUCAUUAUAUCACCGUCCAUGUCCACGGAUUCCCUUACCUGGUCCGAGAGGGCGAUCAGGUCCGCCUGCCUUUCCGUAUGCCUGGCGUUCAGCCCGGCGAUGUGCUACGACUCAACCGUGCCAGUGUUCUCGGUAGCAGAGAUUACACCAUGAAGGGCGCUCCCCACAUCGAUGAGCGAGUGUUUGAGUGCAGGGCCACUGUUAUCGGAACAGAAUCUGAACCUCUACGUAUCAAGAUCAAGAAGAAGAGAAGGCAGCGAAGAAAGAGACAAGCCAAGAGCAAGCACCGAUACACAAUUCUAAGGAUUUCGGAGCUGAACAUCAACAACGGAGAGGAUAUCGAAUGA